UGAAUCCUCCAACUGGUCCAUCCAAAGAAGACGAAGGAGUAAAAAGCAAAAUGGCGUUUCACAGAGAAGGCCUAAACGUGGCCACUGGCCAUUAUUGUUUCUCUAUUUGUAUUUAGUGCAUACAUGUACGCAUAUAUGUCGUGUAGUAGAUGAAACAUUGUUAGUCAUUGUUUGUAUCCGGAUACAUUAGUCUGAGCGCACUUUAUGUGCUAGCUUAGCUUGCUAGUUAGCUUAGCUUGUUAGCUGCUAACAAAGAGACGCGGACGUUAUCAACACAUCGCUAAGUAGAGAUCAAAUGUGAGUGUAAAGUGUUGUGAUUGUGUGAAAAUGUGCGAAAGAACGAUAGCAAAGUAUGAGGAGGAACUUUGUCCAACAAAAGAGGAGAAGGAGCGACAACAUCAACUACUGGACGCUGUUUUCAAGAAACAUCAAGUUGUGUUACACAGAACAGACGUCCAGCAACCCCCUCACAUUAAAGAGGAAGAGGAGGAUCCACAGCCCCCUCACAUGAAAGAGGAAGAGGAGGAAGUGUGGAUCACUCAGGAGGGAGAGUGUCUUCUAGGGCAGGAGGAGGAUGAUGUCACCACGUUUCCACUGACUGUUGUCUCUGUGAAGACUGAAGAGCAUGAAGACAAACCACCUGAGUCCUCACAGCUUCAUCACAGUCCAAACGUCCAGCAGCCCCCUCACAUUAAAGAGGAAGAGGAGGAUCCACAGCCCCCCCACAUUAAAGAGGAAGAGGAGGAAGUAUGGAUCACUCAAGAGGAGGAUGAUGUCACCAAGUUUCCACUGACUGUUGUCUCUGUGAAGACUGAAGAGCAUGAAGACAAACCACCUGAGUCCUCACAGCUUCAUCACAGUCCAAACGUCCAGCAGGUGUCAGCAGAGAGUCAAGAAGAUAUUCCCUCCAAGCAGCAGGAGUGGAGCUCCAGUGUGGGACAGAAGGAGCUACAGGCCUCCCCACACAUUAAAGAGGAAGAGGAGGAACUGUGGGAGCAGCUUCAAAGGUUGGAGGAGGCUAAUGAUGAAGAUGAAGCUCAGUCCUUACAGCUUCAUCACAGUCAAAGUGAGGAGAACAGAGGGGCGGAGCUUGUAAGUCAACACAUCACAGAAGCUGAUGGAGAGCAUUGUGAAGAUAUAAAGUCAGAACCAGACAGCAUCUUUGCUCCACUGUCAGACAUGGACCACAUGAUGUCAGACUCUUCUGAUCACAGUGACCACAUCCAAAAACCUCUGGAGAGUAAAAAUGACUCUAAAGUUGUACAAACACACAGCGUGACGCCUGUGAUUCAUUCACUCAAGUAUUUCACCACUGCAUCCUCUCAAGUUCCAAACUUCCCAGAGUUUGUGAGUGUUGGUUAUGUUGAUGAAGUUGAGAUUAGUUACUAUGACAGCAACAUCAGGAAAACAGAAUCCAAACAGGACUGGAUGAACAAAAUCACAGCAGAGAAUCCAAACUACUGGCAGAGACAAACAGAGAACAAUGUUGUUUAUGAACAUGACUUCAAAGACAACAUUGAAACAGCCAUGAAGCGUUUCAACCAAACUGGAGGUGUUCACACUUUCCAGGUGAUGUCAGGAUGUGAAUGGAAUGAUGAGACUGAUGAGGUUAAAGGUUGGCAACAGAUCAGUUAUGAUGGAGAAGAUUUCAUAUCGUUGGACAUGAAGACAUGGACAUAUACUGCGGCAAAACCACAAGCUUUCCCCUCCAAACUCAAGUGGGACCAAGAAAUACUUAGACUAGACCACAAUAAGUAUUAUUACACUGAGGAAUGUCCUUCUUACUUGAAGAAGUAUGUGGAGUAUGGGAAGAAGGUCCUAAUGAGAACAGAGCUUCCAGAGGUGUUCCUCCUCCAGAAAACGCCGUCCUCUCCGGUCAGCUGCAUGGCGACAGGUUUCUACCCCGACCUAGCCGACCUGUUUUGGAGGAAAGACGGCGAGCAGAUCUUGGAGGACGUGGAACACGGAGAGCUGCUCCCCAACCACGACGGAACCUUCCAGAUGUCGGUGGAGCUGAAAGUGGAGGUGACGGCCGAGGUGGAGGGCAAGUACGAAUGUGUGUUCCAGCUGUCUGGCGUCAAGGAGGACCUGGUCACCAAGCUGGAGAGAAGAAGCAUCCUGAGCAACGCAAGCCAUGAAGGCAACGUGAGCGUCACUGCCACGCUGGCGGUCCUCGCUGUGGUGGUCCUCCUGGCGGCCGCCAUCAUCAUCAUCAUCUUCAUCAUCAAGCGUCGCCCAAGCAGACAAGCCCAAUACGAUCCAGCUGCUGGUGACGCUGGUAACGAGCUCUCAGAGAGACGUGAAGGCUGAAGGCUGAGUGAGACACAGAUGCUUUGUGCACUGGAACACAGAGAGAUGUCUCCAUCGCUGAGGGACCUCAUCACACUUGGACAUUUAUGCACUAAUUGCUCCUCAUCUCAUCCAUCAUGUCUUCUUUGGCUCUUUAUGGCUGAGAAAAUCUGCAUUUUUCAACAAUAUUUUGCCAGUCAAUCAUGUUGAUGUUGAUCUUUGUGUCCAUGUAGUUGUGAUGUCAUCAUUUGGAGCUCAUGUGUCAUCACAUUGACAAGGAUUUCUUCUUUCCUUUUCAAACCAAUAGACAGCUGCUUAUCAGUGAAUAUCACCUUGUGUCACAUGUCAGCAUUAUUUUCACUAAUAUUUGGGAACAAUAGUACAAUUUUUAAGUACUUUUGUAGGUUAAAUUAACAAUAAUUUUUUGAUGUAACAUUUAAAAAUGUUGUCCAGUUUUUAUAUCUUGUUAUCUGAUGACAUUAAGCUCUUUUGCAAUGCAGUUGCACUUCCAAGACCAUUAGAUGGCAGCACUGUAUAACUAUUUAUGCUAUGUUGUCAAACUAAAAAGUAGCUUUUUUCCAGGAAGAUGAAUUUGUUAGGUUGCGCCCUACAAAGUGUCAAUACUGUAAGUAUUGUCCUCAUUACACAAAACUGUAAAAUUCCAACUAUAAUCUUAGUUGUCGUUUCCUUUACCAAAUUCCAAGGUGUUGAAAUCGUCAUGUAAAAUCGCCCAUGCUAAUAGUAGCCUGUCUAUGGCAAAUCCUAUGUAAAUUAGCAAUAAGCUAGCGCAUUUUGAAAGAGUGUAGCAUUUGAGCGUUUGAGCGUUUUUUUUAUGAAGCACACUUUGUUGGUGUUGAAAAUGUCAAGGUGACUUAGAGGGAGAUUGGCUGAGUCCGGCCUCAGUGCUGCUUGAGUGAUUGUUUACGUGAGCCCGUGUUUAGUCUGAAAGCAGACAUGACCAGUCUGAAACCGGACAUGACGUCACAUGCAACAAAGGUAUCCAACUAUGGCACCGUUUGAUUUUACGUAAAUUGAUAGUACCGAGGGAAUUCGGUCAUUACCUACAAAAGUAGUGAAUUGGGUAGCCAACCUACCAGUUAGUGUGACGGAGGGGGACAGUGACACAACAUUUAUGACAAAGCGUUGCAAAAUUAUAUUUUUUGAAAAUAUUUGCUGUUUUUUCCGUUCCUUUUUGCAUAGUCAUAUUUUUGCUUGAUUGCCAAACAUGGCGAGGAUGUCAUUUGGGAAGUAAACAAGGUAGGCCGUUCAUAUACUCUUGAUAUUCAGUGUUUUAUGUGUACUAUGUUUCAUGUACAUUCUGGCUGUUUUAUUCAGUAAAAACUUGUCAAAUACAA